AAAAAAAAAAAAAAAUACAGUGAGAGACAGUACCAUUAAAUCUGAACCUACAAGAUUUUCUUAGACAUCAUUUUCAAUAGUUUAUUACUCUGCAGUGUUUACCUUCCAGUAUUUAUUCUCCUUCUUACUCGCUUGUCCUUCUCUCCCCAAAACUUUCAAUCCCUCUUCCGUCCUCUCUCUCUCUUUCUCUCUAUUUUUUAUUUCUUUUUAUUUUUUAUUUUUUUAUUUCUCUGUCUGUUCUCGGAAUCCAAUUUCUUAAUCCUGACUGAAAAAAAAAGAGAUGAAGAUCCAGUGCGAUGUAUGUAACAAAGACGAAGCGUCGGUGUUCUGCACCGCCGACGAGGCAGCUCUUUGUGACACGUGCGACCAUCGAGUCCACCAUGCCAACAAGCUCGCCUCCAAACACCAACGCUUUUCUCUAAUCCAUCCUUCUUCCAAACAAUUUCCCCUCUGCGAUAUCUGUCAGGAGAGGAGGGCUUUCUUAUUUUGUCAACAGGACAGAGCGAUCCUUUGUAGAGAGUGUGAUGCUCCGAUUCACACAGCAAACGAGCAUACCCAGAAGCAUAAUAGGUUCCUUCUUACUGGGGUGAAGCUCUCCGCUGUCUCUGCUCUCUAUACAUCAUCUGCUUUAGAAAGUGGUUCCGAUUCUGCUUCCGUCCCCGAAUCGAAGAGUGAACCCUCAAGGAACUCUUUUUCUGUAUCCCCUGAAAUUUCAAAAGAUUCGUUUUCAGUCCCCAAGAAUCCGACUUUGUCCUCGAAAGCAGCAACAAUUGCGACAAAAAAUGUAGGAAAUUUGUUGACAAACGAAGAGGGUGGUUGUGGUUCGACUAGUAGCAUAUCGGAGUACCUGAUAGAGACGCUUCCUGGUUGGCACGUUGAAGACUUUCUUGAUUCGUCUUCUACACCUUUAGGUUUCUGUAAGAGUGAUGAUGGUAUAUUGCCAUUUUCGGAUGGUGAUUUUGAGAGCAAUCUGGGGUCUUUCUCGUCAGAAAACAUGGGGAUUUGGGUACCCCAAGCAUCAUCCCUUCUGUACCCUCCUGAAAUGGUUGGACCAACUAUAGGGUUCAAAGAGACAAAGGAAGCUACAUACUUGAAAGCCAACAACAGAACGUGGAGAGACGACGGUUUUACAGUUCCACAGAUCAGUUCUCCAUCUAUAGGCUCCAAGAGAUCCAGGCCAUAUUGGUAGUAAGAAAUGAAGGAUCAAGGUUCAAAGCUUUGUUUUGUUAGGGGGGGGGGGGGGGGGGGGGAAAGCCUCUGCUUUUUAAAUUUUCUUUUUUUGGCGUGGGUGUUUUUCUGCUAAUUUGGUUCUAGUUUGAUGUUUCGCAUGCUUUUAGUGUAUGAGAUGCAAUCUGGUUUUUAUGGGUUUAGUUUCGCCCACCACCUUUGAUCUACAACCUUGUAUCAAAAAGCAAAAAAAGCAUGAUUGUAAAUACAAAAAUUUUGUGGUCUUUUAGAUUUUCAUGUUGAAA